AUGGAGAGAAUGAGGCUGAGGAUGGCCUUGACGGCGGUCCUCCUCGUCGUCGUCCUGACGGCGGAUGUCACCGUCGCCGACCUCACGAUCUCCAUAGGACUUCCCCCUCUGCUGCCCAUCUUCGAGCCGCCGUCACCGCCGUCACCGCCGCCGCCGCCGCCCGAGGACGACUAUUACGACUCGCCGCCGCCGCCGUCGCCGUCACCGUCUCCACCGUACUAUUACAAGUCCCCACCGCCGCCGUCGCCGUCACCGCCGCCUCCUUACCAUUACAAGUCUCCGCCACCGCCGUCACCUUCACCGCCGCCUCCUUACCAUUACAAGUCCCCGCCACCGCCCUCGCCUUCAUGGCCGCCUCCUUUCCAGUCCAAGUUCCUGCCACCGCCGCCUCCUUUCCAGUACAAGUUCCCGCCACCGCCGCCUCCUUACCAUUACAGGUUCCCGCCACCGCCGUCACCUUCACGGCCCCCUCCUUUCCAUUACAGGUUCCCGCCACCACCACUGCCUCCUUACCAUUACAAGUUCCCGCCACCGCCGUCACCUUCAGGGUCCCCUCCUUUCCAUUACAGGUUCCCGCCACCACCGGCGCCUCCUUACCAUUAUACGUUCCCGCCACCGCCGUCACCUUCACAGCCGCCUCCUUUUCAUUACAGGUUCCCGCCACCACCGGCGCCUCCUUACCAUUACAGAUCGCCUCCUCCGCCUUGGCGGUCACCGCCGUCUCCUUACCAUUAUAGAUCGCCUCCGCCGCCGUCGCCGUCACCGCCGCCUCCAUACCACUACAAGUCCCCGCCGCCACCUUCGCCGUCGCCGCCGCCUCCUUCACUACCUCCUCCAUCGCCGCCGCCUCCUUCCCCACCUCCUCCGUCGCCGCCGCCUCCUUCCCCACCUCCUCCAUCGCCGCCGCCUCCUUCACCACCUCCUCCAUCGCCGCCACUACCUUCACCACCUCCUCCAUCGCCGCCGCCUCCUUCACCACCUCCUCCAUCGUCGCCGCCUCCACCACCUCCUCCAUCGCCGCUGCCUCCGUCCCCACCUCCUCCACCGCCGGAACCUUCCCCUCCGCCGCCGUACUAUUACAUUUCGCCACCUCCACCGUCGCCGCCGCCUCCUUCCCCGCCUCCGCCGUACUCCUACGAAUCACCUCCUCCACCAUCGCCGGCGUCUACGCCGCCAUUCUCACGUUACCAUUUUCCUCCUCGUCAUCCAGUCUACAAGUUCAAGUCUCCGCCGCCGCCGCCAUACCCGUCGUGA